CCAUAUUAGUUACGUUCCGAAGGAUUCUGUAACGCGUUUUUGGCGGCGAUUUGGCAGAUAUUAUUCACGGUGAUAAAUAAACGAUUGUUUUAACAAUGCUGGAUCAUAAGCAGACCGAAGAGCUGACGGAUCACGAGGCCGAGUUGUAUGACAGACAACUUCGUCUGUGGGGUUUAGAUUCGCAAAAACGAUUGCGAGCUGCAAAAGUUCUUUUGAUAGGACUAGACGGUUUCGGGGCGGAAAUUGCUAAAAAUAUUAUUCUAGCUGGAGUCAAGAGUGUUACGUUUUUGGACCAUAGAAGUGUAACAGAGUUGGAUAGAUGUUCGCAGUUCUUUAUACCAAAAGAAGAUAUUGGAAAGAAUAAAGCCGAAGCAUCAUUGUCACGAGCGCAAAACCUGAAUCCUAUGGUUAAUAUUAACGCAGAUUCUGACAAGGUUGACGAUAAGCCUGACGAAUAUUUUGGACAGUUUGAUGUGGUUUGCGCUAUGCAUUGUACUAUCACGCAGCUGAAAAGAAUCAAUCGGGCGUGCAGAAAUCAAAACGUCAAAUUCUUUGCUGGGGAUGUAUGGGGAGCACUUGGUUAUGUAUUCAUAGAUUUACAGGAACACGAAUAUGUGGAGGACGUGUCAAAAACAAAGAAAGUAACAAUACCGGAAGGUGGCGAGCCCAUGGGUAAAGAAAGGAUUGAAACCAUAGUAGUUAAUGAAAAACGCACCGACAAUUUUGUACCGUUUGAAUUUAUCCUAAAUGCUCCAAAAACAUCUUUAGUUAGGGAAGAAGAAAUCUACUAUAUGAUGCUAAUAUUGCUGAAUUAUCGUGAAAAAUAUGGCGAGGAUCCAUUGCCAAGCGAAAGAGGUUGUGAAAACCUAAAAAAUGAAGCUUCUUUAAUUAUUAAAAAAUAUGAGUUAGGCGACAAAAUAGAUAAUUUAGUGGAGAGCGAUUUGUACGCACAACUCAGUCCAGUUUGCUCUAUUGUCGGUGGCGUAAUGGCACAGGAAAUAAUCAAGGCGGCAUCGCAGAAACACGCUCCACUCAAUAAUUUAUUUACAUUUAAUCCAGCCACAUCAUGCGGAGUUAUUUUGAAAUUGGGAUAUUAAUCAAACAUGGUGUGUAGAGCUGAGUAUACUAAAGAUUUUCUAUAAUACUGUGA